UUUAGCCCGCCUCUGCGGCCUCUCUCCUCAGUAGGCAAUCACACGUUAAGAGGGGAGGGUGUGCCGGUUCGCGCUCCGGCCAGUUGUCAUUUAUGUCGAUAAUGGAGCCAAAGUACAUAAUCAGGGUGGUCAUGGACACGAUCAUCCUGUUAACAGUGGCCAUCCCUAUCCUUCUGUUCUUUCUGUUGGGCCAACCAGUAGAGCGCGGGUUUCACUGUGACGACGAAAGCCUGCGUUACCCUUAUAAGGACUCCACAGUGUCCACUGGGGUCCUGUAUGCGGUGGGCACAAUACUGCCAACUACAGCGAUGGUACUGCUGGAGGGCUGGCGAGCACGACACCAACCAAUUGGGAAGUCUGUUAGGAUAUGUAACCGCCGGAUCAAUUCUUGGAUGUGGGGAUGUUAUACUGCCAUUGGGGUGUUCCUCUUUGGAUGUGCCUGCUCCCAGCUCACCACAGACAUUGCAAAGUACUCUGUGGGACGCCUCAGACCUCACUUUGUUAGCAUCUGCAAACCAGACUGGACACAGAUCGACUGUGUCAAUAAUACCUAUGUAGACCCCAUCCCAUGCACCACCCCAAAAGAGAACCACAGGAUGAAGGAGGCACGGUUGUCAUUCCCUUCAGGCCACGCCUCCUUCUCCGCCUACACUAUGGUGUACCUUGCAAUCUACCUCCAAGUGCGAUUCAAGUUCAAGGCCCCAAGACUCCUUCGUCCCUUCCUGCAGUUUCUUUGUCUCAUGUUGACUUUCUACACCACACUAUCCCGCAUCUCAGAUUACAAACACCACUGGUCUGAUGUCCUCUCUGGCUUUAUUCUUGGGACAGUUGUGGCAACUCUUAUUGCGCGGUAUGUGUCCGACCUCUUCAUCACCCCUAUCCAAGCACAGUGUAGCAGCCAGGGCCACCCAGUGUAUUUGCAAGACCGGCGGUUACCCGACACAGACAGCGAGGCCAACAACACUGUCAACCCUGUACGGACUCAAACUGCUAUGGGGACUGUGAGUGAGUGAGUCUGUUGGGGAAGAUGAUGUGCCAAGGAUCUGUGGAUGGAUCUUUUAGCUACUUAGAAAUUCCGUUCUUCCAUUAAAAUAUUUGCUAACGAGACACAUCACUUUAACCGUGAGGCCGUUGUGAAGUCUGGUCAUGACGGUGAUCACAGUCUUCCCUUUUUUGUUACGACAGAAAGCAUUCUGGCACAAGAGCUAUUGUGAUAACUCUCUUACAACCUUGAUGCUUAUGUAGCCAUGCAUAUUUCCUGGCUUAAGAGUUGUGUGCUUCAUCAUAGCCUUAUCAGUAGGUUGUUUUAGAAAUUUUUAUAUUUUACAAUUAUUUUUGUAAGCAAUAUUUAGUGUUAUCUUUCUGUCAGCAGAGGUGAUAGUAAUUAUAGGAUUAGUGUACUUGAUAGCACCACUACCUAUUAAACCUUUCAUCUGCCUAGACAGAUGCUUUUAUUAAUUAUCACUGCACUGUAGCACCAGCAUGGAAGACUGCUAGAUGUAACAUUUCAAAGGUGGGCUAAAAUGUUGAUAACCAAAGAACAUUGGCAUUUACAGGUAGAGAUGCAGGUACAGUCCAUUACUCUUACUUCUGGAACAUAUGUACCUGAAUGGUGCAGUGCUGAGAGUCAUUGGUAGAGACUCCUCUUCCUUCCCACUUAGCUAGGUGGCCACGUCCUCACCCUUGCCUCCGAAGCUCAGUCUGUACAGUCUGUAGAGCAAGAAAAUCAAUUAAACUCACUUAUCCCUUUCAGUACUUUACCUACAGUACAAAAAUAAGUGUAAAUGUGUCUGCUUAUCAACAAACAUUCUAGCUUACCUUGAUAAGGGUGGUCUGUUCAAACACUUCUGUGCCCUCAGGUCUCUUUAUUGUCUAUUGUUUUGAUUUUAUUAACAUGAAAAUUAUGUAGCAUAACAAUGUAUUUCUCCCUUUUUUUUUUUAAUGAAUGUCACUUUUUUAUUUAGAUACAUCUAAUUUUUAUAGUAAUUUUAAGUGGGCUUGAUAUUUCAAGUGCUAGUUUUCAUAACAUUUUUAUUCUAUAACAUUAGCUCUAAUAUGAUUUUUGCAUUAUUACAUUACCUCUAUAGUUUGGCAGUUAUAUUACUGUUACCUCUAUAAUUUGGCAGUUAUUGUAGUUUUUUUUUUUUUUUACAUUUAGCUUCUUAACAGAUUGCUACUUCUUAACAGAUUGCUGUUCUUGUAUAUCAUUCAUACUCAAGAUGAAUGAAAAGAGUUACUAGCCUUUAUCCAAAAUCCACAGCAAAUUUUUGUCUACUAUUUUCUAAGAAGGCAUUUGUGAUGGUUUUCCUCUGUGUGUUCCCUUUCCUGAUUUGCUGGAGUGGUAAGGCAAUGGAGGAGGACCAAUACCUUCACCAAACAAGCAAACCACACUUCACAGCAAACUUGUACGGAAAGAAACAUUAUUUUUAAUUUUUAUAUAUAUAUAUAUAUAUAUAUAUAUAUAUAUAUAUAUAUAUAUAUAUAUAUAUAUAUAUAUAUAUAUAUAUCACAUAUUGGAGUGUUCUAUGAAAAGUCACUUGUAAUUAAUCGUGGAAAUGACAUUAAGAACUUGUAUAUAUAUAUAUAUAUAUAUAUAUAUAUAUAUAUAUAUAUAUAUAUAUAUAUAUAUAUAUAUAUAUAUGAUAUUGAUAUAUGAUAUUGAUCAUUGCCUUUUCUGUUCUGUUCCCUUUCUGGGUGUCUACAAAAUACAUUUCAUCUCAUUUUCAUGGUGAAUUGUUAAUGAACUCACCAUGUUUAAGUUGUAGGUUUCAUUUUUGUCUUAUUUAUAUGUGAUGUUUAUCACUGAUAUUGAUUUGUGUGUGUGUGUAUAUAUAUAUAUAUAUAUAUAUAUAUAUAUAUAUAUAUAUAUAUAUAUAUAUAUAUAUAUAUAUAUAUAUAUAUAUAUAUAUAUAUAUUAUUUAAUUUGCACUUCUCUUGUGUAGUAAUUCAGUUAAAUCUUACAAAAUAUAUAUAAUUUAAUUUCCCAGCAUGGGUUUCCCAUUGUCACAAGAAAUUAAUUUUAAAUAAAGGCUGAACCAUAUGUG